AUGGUGGUUGGAGCCAUGCCUGUCUCAUUGACCAAAUUCUUGUAUGAUCAAACCAGUUUGAAUCGAUACGGACUCCACAAACUCAAGUAUAGCCAUCCGUCUGAUUUUAGCAUCAGGUGUUUUGAUGGAGGAAAGAUCGGCGUCCACAAAGCUGUCCUAUUCUCUACAUGGUCCUUCUUCAAGGCCAUGCGGGACGCUAACAUGAAAGAGUCGUCCGCCAGCCAGCUUGAAUUGGAUCUUCCGAAGUCAACUGUUGGGUGCAUAGAUGAUCAAGUAUCUCUACGGAGAGAAGUUGGAUAA